AUGGCGUCAAGUAGCCAGACUCCACUCAUUCGCUCACAAAUGACCAGGGUGGUGCCACGACCAGGCCAUGUUAUGCUCACGCCGUGCAAGAAAAAAUUCUUCUUGCACACACCAAGACAACGACCCCUGCUCUUGGUCUUUGACAAAAGGGGGCUAGCGCAGAUUGCAGCCUUUGGCCCUUUGCAAGACCCGCCCCACCACACCUCCCACCCCUGGUCGCGAUUUUGCCUGGGUUGCGACAAGCAAACCGAUGGCGCCACAUACUGCUCGGAAUCCUGCCGCCUGGCUGAUUACGAGAAGACCUCACCAUCAACUCCCAGCUCUGCCGCGAGUUCUCCGGCAUUGAGCGGUCCUCCGCCCGAUUGGACUCUGUCCAGGCCGACAACAACGAGCAACACCAAGUUCUACCUGUCGCCGGCAUACGACUUCGGUCUCGCCCAGCCAAGCACCCGCAGGGGCUCGACCCAAAGCCAGACGCUCUCACCUUCAGCAUCCCACACCAGCCUCUGCUCGAUGCGGAGCAGCUCAUCGGCGGGACUCGAUGCGGCACAGCUGUCUGAGAAGGCGGCGAGGGAGCUCCGAGCAUACGCCCGCUCAUUCGAGUCGGUCCGCCUCCAACGCAGGCGCUCGGCCUAGAGACGACAACAGCCUCGGGCUACCGCAACAUCCUCCGCGCUUUCCUUCGACACUCUACUCUCAGCAGCGACUAUACCACCCCCACACUCAAUCGAAUCACGCAUCCGUUCAGAAACACCACACGACUCAGUCUUCCACCACACCAUCUCCUUUGUCUAUCGGUCCACGGUCUUGUUGUAACAAAAAAGAAUUUGCAUACAUGGGAGCACAGCAUCAUAAAAAGUCUCUCGGGUCCAGGGGUUGGGUUGGGUUCUACAAUUGUUUUGAUAUUUUGGUUUACGGGUCCUCGGUCAAGGCGUACUUGGGUUUCUGGGCGAAAGAUACCGUGUAUUAAGCAGCGAUACACUUCGACGGCGGGUUUUGUUCUCUUUUCCUUCGGCUUCUCUGCAUACUGGGCGGG